AUGGCAGAUGGUUGGACAAACCAGAAGCAACAAUCAAUAAUCAACUUUCUAGUUUAUUGGCCGAAAUGUAUAAUGUUUUUUAAAUCUGUUGAUACAUCUGGCCUUAGAAAAGAUGCUGAAAUAUUGUUUAAUAUCUUUGAUAAGGUUGUUCAAGAAAUUAGAGCUGAAAAUCUUGUGCAGUUCAUAACGGACAAUGAUGCAAGCUAUAAAAGUGCAGGAAAAAAGUUACAACAGAAGUAUGGUUCUUUCUACUGGUCCCCAUGUGCAGCUCAUUGCAUAGACUUAAUGUUGGAGAAUUUUUCUGAUCCAAGAUAUUUUUCCCUUAUUGAUGAUGCUAUAAAAAAUGCAAAAAAGAUAACAAAAUUCAUCUAUAACCAUGGUUGGGUUUUGGCAUUGAUGAGAAAAGACUUUACCAAAGGUCAUGAUUUGUGUCGUCUUGCAAUUACAAGAUUUGCGACAAAUUUUUUAAGUAUCCAACGUUUGUUCUUGUUUAAGAAAGAACUCAGACAAAUGUUUACUUGUGAUAAAUGGAUUGCAUCAAGUCAUUCUAAGAGCAACAUAGGGAAGGAGAUAGUUGAGAUCGUUUUAGAAUAUAAAGAGUUUUGGGCUCAAUGUCAAUUUAUUGUCAGAGUUAGUGAGCCUUUGGUUCGUGUUCUACGACUUGUUGACGGGGAUGAGAAGCUUGCAAUGGGAUACUUGUAUGAUGCAAUGGAAAGAGUAAAAAAGAACAUAAAAGCAAGAUGCAAUAACAAAGUUAGUUUAUUCAGUCCAUUCACCAGGAUCAUUGAUUCAAGAUGGGAUAGGCAACUUCACAUUCCAUUACAUGCGGCGGGUUGUUUUCUUAAUUCUGGAAUUUACUAUAACCCCAAUUUUAAAAAUAAAAAUGAUGUUGUAAGAGACUUCAACAAUUGUGUUAUGAAGAUAGAACUUGAUCCCGAUAAUCAAUAUAAGAUCAUUGCAGAACUUAACUUGUAUAAGAAUGCAAUAUGUGAGUUUGGACAUUCUUUAGCAAUCUGCCAGCGUGAUAAGAUUAAUCCAGUUGUAUGGUGGACCCAAUUUGGUUGCGAGGUUCCAACGCUUCAAAGGAGCAUAAAAAGGGGAAGAGAUGAUUUAGAUCUAAUCAAUUUUGAAAACAUUGAUUUGAUGGAAGAAUGA